AUGGCAUCUAAAGAGAGGGUCAUCAUACAGCUUCGAACCGAACCCCUCGACGUGGAGAUCUUUCAACAUGCCCGUCGGGCGCUGGGGGAUGUCGUUCCCGACAUUGCGAAAAUCGCAGACGAGGCUCUGGAGAGCGAGGGGAUCUGGCCAUAUUAUAUGACGUUCAUGCCAGGCGAGACCUGGCGGAGAAGUCGCGCGUUCGACAGCCCUGUUCUGACCACCAAGUUCGCCAAAUCUCUAGGCGGAAUACUUUCACGUGGCUUUGUCUCCUAUGACGAUGGUGCUGUAGUAGAUACCGCUAUCAAGGUCCAGUUGAAACGGCUACAAGCAGCAAUGAACAACGAGUCUAACGAAGAACGGGCUGAUCAAAUCAAGCCAUUUAGAGGCGAUAUUCAGCGCAUGCUCGACAGCGCAGAUCGGCUCAAAGUACUUCCACUUUUUAUUUCGCACGCCGACCUCAACCACAUGAACAUUUUAAUUUCUGAGACUAGCGAGGUGUCGGGAAUCGUCGAUUGGGAACUCUCAUCCGACCUUCCAUUCGGCAUGGGUUGCUACAGGGUACACGAUCUUGUGGGGAGAUACAGGCAUGGCGAGUUUCGCAUGCUGGAGGGAUUUGAGGAUGGCGAGCGGGGCUUUUGGGAGGCUGUUUUUGAGGGCCUUCCAAUGGAUAUCCGACGAGUGCUAGAUGCGAACUUAAACGCAGUUCAGUUCGCCGUCCAUGUUGGGACUCUCUUGGGAACUCUUGACCUCCAGGGAGAUCACUUCAACCAUGCCGCACUAAAAGCACUUCCCAAGUUCCUUAGCUACCGAAUCCCUGCUCUAAGGGGCCAAGAUCCGCCAUAUGCGAAGUAA